AUGUCUCAAUACUCAGGAAAAAUCACAUUCUACGAAGGCAAAUGCUUCACUGGCAGGAAGCUGGAGGUCUGCGGCAGCUGGUGCGACAGCUUCCAGGACCAAGGGUUCCUCAACCGAGUCAACUCCAUCUGUGUCCAGAGUGGAGCUUGGGUCUGCUUUGACCACCCUGACUUUCGAGGGCAGCAGUACAUCCUGGAGCACGGCGAGUAUCCCGAUUUCUAUCGCUGGAAUGGACGCAGUGACCACCUGGGCUCCUGCCGGCCCGUGGGCAUGCACGGCGAGCAUUACAGGAUUGAAAUAUUCGAGGGGAGCCAUUUUAGCGGUCCCAGCCUGGAGCUAACAGAAGAUUGCUCCUUCCUGCAGGGACAGGGCUGGGACAAGACCUGCAUCAAUGCCCUCAAAGUGUACGGCGAUGGCGCGUAA